AUGGCCUUCAAAUCUUAUAGUACUGAUAGCAAGUUCAAACAUUCUGGACUAUCUGUACAAAUUGAAGAAGAACACGUGUCUAUUGUAGACCUAUUGGAUGUUACUGACGUAGAAAGUUCAUCGUCCGAUUCUGAAUUGGAAUUGUGGGAUUUACAAUUUCAACCAGAAGAAAAUGAGAAGAAAAAGCUGUUUAGUCAAGGACUGUAUAAACCGGGCAGUGGGGAGGUUUGCGCCAAGUAUAUCACCGUAUCUGCCAGUUCUGUGUUAAACCACGUUUACUAUGAGUACCCUUCGGUCAAAGAUCCGGCAAUUAAGGAUGCUUUGUUAUUACCAGAAAAAGUAAUAAGAUACGAAGAUGACGGUCAGGAGUUGUAUUUGCAAUUAUGUAAAGAAACUAACCAAACACCAAUAAAGAUAUUCCACAGAGGAUUGCUUACAGAUACAAUUGAUUUAAGGUACUAUGGAAUACAUCCAGGUGGUAUGAGAGCGAUGUCCCUAGCCUUGUCCUGCAACACCAAUGUAAAAACUCUAGAUUUGACCAGCAACUUCUUGAAUAAUGUCGACGCUUGCUACCACCUCGGUCAACUGUUUGGUUUCAAAAAUGCUAUUAAUCGACUUAUAUUGAAGCAGUGCAACAUCAGACGACAAGGGAUACGUCCACUAGUCGUUUAUUUCUUCACACGUAACUUCGAUUUAUUAGAUUUGUCUGACAACAAUUUGUACGAUGAAGGUCUCGCAUAUCUUAUUGAGCAACUAGACACUGGAGCUGUCAUUCGUAGAUUGAUCUUGAGAAGUAAUCAUUUGACCAGUGUCGGCUUACAGUCUUUAGCUGCAUCCAUAGAAUACCACGACAAUAUAAAAUGCUUGGAUCUCUCCUGGAACAAUUUUGUGGUUCCUUUCGGCCCUAGAGCACUGUUUCAUGCGCUCGCUGAAAGUGAGGUCAUAGCUGAACUUGACAUGUCCUGGACCAGUCUCAAGCUGUCGACAGAACUCGCUCCCCUGUUUAACAUACGCACCUUGAAGAAACUGAAUUUAAGUAAUAAUGCUCUUCCUUCUGCAUCAGCAAGAGUAAUAGGCAAAAAUCUCCACCUAUCACGAGGGUUAGAUCUAUUGGACCUCUCUUUCAAUCCGUUUACUCCAUCUGAUGCGCUGUUUUUACUCUCAAAAAUGAAAUUGUCUAAGGUCAGGGUAAAGGAGUUACGUCUUGAUAAUAUUCCAGUUAGCAAGGAAUUUCCUGCUGAACUAAAAGAAAUUCUAAAACUAAAAUUCCGAAGAAACACUGUUGUAACAUACGGUCAUGUUCUGCGCAACUAUAAUCUUCCUGAGAAGGACAUAAAGAUUAUCGUCAUGAAACGACUUGUGCGCACUACACAUAGGAAAUCAAAGAACGCAUUAGAUGUAUUGUUAGUUGGUUUGAAAUACCUUGACUUGGCGGAAUUUAAUCGCUGCAUGAGGACGAAUGAAACUCCAUUGAAAGAUGAAUUUGUUGAACGAAUGUAUAGAUCCUUCCAAGGGAUAAAAAAUGAUGCGGGAGGUAAAUUUGCCAACCUAGAUGUAAUGGUUGACUAUAUACAUCGGCUUUGGCCGGAUAAGAAACUGCCGCCAACACCACCACCAACGCCACCCUCGCCUCCUGCACCUCGACGUACAAAAAAGAAAUUACAUAAAGGAAAGAAAGUUGUAAAGAAGAAAUGA